AUGCCUCUUGUUCAAGGCGUGCCGACGGUUCUGGAACCGCCAAAGGACUACGUGGUUGAUUUUGAUAACCCGCGGCGGCAGGGAGUGCCAGAGGCCUACUACGUCUCUGGCUUUGGCAUGGCCCUGAGUCUCCUGUUUAUCGCACAGAGGCUGUACGUCAAGUUCUUUCUGACGGGUGGCGUACAAGUCGACGAUGUGCUUCUCAUCUUUUCAUAUAUCUUGGCUGUUGCGACAAUAGCAUUAUGUCUUCACAUGUUUGCAACUGGAGUAGGCGGAGUCCACGCGUGGGAGAUAUCUGUCACCCAGUUUAACGCCUACCUAAUGGACGUCUAUCUUGCCGCCUUUAUCUACAUCCUCUGCGGUUCCUUAUCCAAACUCGCCCUCCUCAUCUUCUACCUCCGACUCUCUCCCCAGCGCUGGUUCAGGAUAGCAACAUGGUCCACGAUUGUAUUCAUCGGCGGGUACACGGUUGGAAUCUUCUUUGCCUGCAUCUUCUCGUGCAAACCAAUCGCCAUGAGCUGGGACGUGACCAUCACAGACGGCGUCUGCAUCAACCGGCCGAGUCUGUACAUUGCGACGGCUGUGGCCAACAUUAUUAGCGACGUUAUGCUGUUUUUCUUGCCGAUUCCCAUGGUCAUCAAACUUCAGAUUCCCCCUCGGCAAAAGAUUGGACUGGUCAUCAUCUUUGGUAUUGGAUCUCUGACAGUCGUCACUUCGGUCGUUCGAGUUUCUAUCCUGCCAGCUAUGUUGACUGAUCUGGAUGCGACAUGGGUCAUUGCCUGGGCGAGUGUAUGGAUUAUCGUCGAAGCUAACCUCAUCAUCACCUGUGCCUCCAUGCCGACACUUCGAAAGUUCUUCAAGCACGUCGCUCCCAAGCUCAUCGGAGAGUCUCGAUACGGCAGCAAGACAGGAAAGUCUGGAAAAUCCGGCGAGAACUCGAAGCCCCCGACCCGGACCCUCGUGCCAACUUCACAGAGCCGACGCGACCGACACCAAUACUCGCAGUUCGAUGCAGGAGAAGGUCAAGGGUCAGAAGAGUUCGUGCUUGGACCGAUAAAGGGGCGGGCAGAUCCAAGAGUCACAGCUGGGCACAGUGAAGAUCACGUCGGCUGGGGAGACAGCGACUCGGAAAAGGGUAUUGUCGAUGGUACGAGCAAGCCGGCUAUCGUGCAGACAACGACGGUGACUGUGGAAUACACCAAUGAUAGGCUAUGA